UCCCAGAAGCGGAAGUGUAGCAACGCGUCACACGUGUUUAGUGAAACCGGUGGAGAAAUGGCGAAAAACAGCAAAUUAAAGCAGAACUCAAAGUUUAAAAGUGGAGCGAAACAGAAGCAGCGUAAAUGUGUGCUCAUGUUUGAUGAUAAAGACAGACAGGAUUUCCUGACGGGUUUCCACAAGAGGAAGCUGGAACGCCGGAGAGCAGCACUGGAGGAGAUGAGGAGCAAACUGAAGGAGGAGCAGAAGCGCGUCAGAGAGGAGAGACACAAAGAGUAUCUGAAGAUGCUGCUGGAGCGCCGCCAGGCUCUGGAUGAGGAGGACGAGCUGGAGGACGUGAUCACGGCCACGACGGAGAGCGUUCAGUACGAUCACCCCAACCACACGGUCACCGUGACGACCAUCAGCGACCUCGACCUAUCGGCCGGCAGAAUGCUGGAUCCGCAAAGAGAGGAGCAGAACGACGAGGAGAAGACCAAAGCCCUCCCCAAGGUCGCCGGAAACCCACUGCUGUCCAAGAAGAUCCAGACCCUCACGGCGUCCCUCAACAGCCUCACUAAACAGAAGAGCAACAAACGAAGGUCCAAAAAGGAAAUGAGGCGCAGAAGCCGUCAGAGCGACAGGAAGUCGUCAUCAGCGCAAGACAACAAGCUCCGUCAGGGCAAGAGCACCAAAGCGCAGAGACGCAGACAAACGGGCCGGAACGAGCGCCAUCAGGACUGACGAACGGCAGACUCGCGACUGACUCGUCAACUCACGAACUCUCGCCGUGUGUGUGUGUGUGUGUUUACAUGUUGAUUCUUUAUACGGACAUUAAAAAAGAAACAUUUCAAGCUACAGUGUCAAACUCUCAUUCACACACUAGGCCUGUUCACAAUGAGUAUUAAUUCAGGAAACGUCAUCAUUCCUUUAUAUCUCUCAUUAGCAACUACGGUUAAAAACAUAAAUGCGUUCACUCAUCCAUAAACAUGAUUUCAAUCCUUUGUAAAUGAUUGAAAAACAGCGAACUGUAAAAAGGAAAGCUUUCAUUUUGUUUGCAAAGACACUGAAGCCUUACUUUAGUUUUUUCCAAGAGUCCCAUUCAUCUGUCAACGAUGGAGAUCUCAGUGGGGUCACGACCUUUGGUAGUUUCCCAUGAACUGAACGCUGCGCAGGAGUUACUACUCUUAGGAACAUAUUUACAGUGAAAUACUUAUUUUCCACCAUGAUUUACAAAUAAAUUCUUUAAAAAUCCUUCAA